UCCGUUGCGCGUCCCUGCUGCUUUUCUGCGCGGUCGCGUAGCGUUUCUCAUCGUCGGCGCAGCUGCGCGUGCCACCGAGACGCGUCAGGCCCCCUUUUGCCCGGAAUUAUGCUGCCCCGUUGCUGAACCAACGAAACCAACAACGAGACCACGAGGCCCCCGGUGACACGCGAUGCCCGGCAAACCCUUGGUGUUCGAUUACUUCUAAAUGACCACCUGUCCAAUCACCCAACGUCGACCAACUUAGAAUACCAGAGGGGAGAACACCGAUUUUCGAACGAGCCUCCUCCGAGCCGAGGAUACGACCAAGCACCAUGAUGAACGGUACCAAAAGUAACGGACUUCGCCACGUUAAGAAUGGUGUCGAUUACGUCAACGCUGGUGAAGAAGACCAGAUGGAAAUCUACGGAUACAAGAACAACAAGAUACUAACUGUUAUCAUCUGGUUUCUAAUUAUCAUCACCGGAGGCUUGCUCAGGCUGGUCUUCCACUGGGUACCGCAUCUGAUGUUGCUAGCCACCCAUUCCAGAUGCCGAUUAGAAGCAGCAGACACCGUUUUGCUGGUGGAGAAGUUCCAGGGGAAACACACGAGCUACUACGUGAAGAAAUUGAGGACCUUGGCUGCUCAGGAUGUACUUAACAAACCAUUCGACGGAGAGUCAUUGAUGGAUAACGAACCAUGGAUGGAGAAUGGCAACAUGAUUACCAUCAAGGAAGUGAAGGAAGAGUAUCCCACCCUGUCGCUGCAUUUAGUCGGUGGACAAUUCAAACAGGUUCCGUCGAUCGUUUUCUUUCAUUGCAAAAAGCUAACUUACGUUUGGGACCCCGAGAGAUCCGAGUUCCUGAAGCUUCGAGGCAUAGACGUUGGUGUCUUGACUUCCACGUUGCAUCAGAUGCCAGGAUUGAACUCGCACGAACAACAUAUGAGGCGCAGCGUUUACGGAAACAACGAGAUAGUGAUCCCAGUAAAGAGUAUCCUGACACUACUCUGCCUCGAGGUUCUCAAUCCAUUUUACGUCUUCCAGAUAUUCAGCUUCUGUCUCUGGGUUGCAGACAACUAUUACUACUAUGCCAUGGUCAUUCUGGCGAUGUCCAGCGUCAGUGUGUUGAUGGCAGUCUUCCAGACUCGUCGGAACCAACACAAUCUAAGAUCUACCGUGCACUCCUCUGACGUAGCAACGGUGAUUAGAGAUCGCGCAACUGGCCAAACGGCGACCGUGCCCGCUGAGAAAUUGGUACCUGGUGACAUUUUGGUUAUCCCAUCUCACGGCUGUCUGAUGCCUUGCGACGCUGUGCUUCUUACUGGAAAUUGCAUUCUGAACGAGUCGAUGCUCACCGGUGAAUCGGUCCCCGUUACCAAAACACCUAUUCCUUGCUCCAACGAGAUCGUCUACGACACCAAGGAACACGCGAGGCACACACUCUUCUGCGGCACGAAAGUUAUCCAAACCAGAUACUACGGGUCGGAGAAAGUUCUGGCUGUCGUUGUGAGGACAGGAUUCGACACCAGCAAAGGUGGCUUGGUUAGAUCAAUCAUGUACCCUCCGCCUGUAGACUUCAAGUUCGAGCAAGAUUCCUACAAGUUCGUCAUCUUAUUAGCAGGCAUAGCUAGCAUAGGCGUGCUAUAUACCAUCGUAACGAAGGCGCUCAAAGGCGUACCUAGCCAUCACAUCACUCUAGAAGCUCUGGAUCUGAUCACUAUAGUGGUACCUCCUGCUUUACCAGCGGCCAUGACAGCUGGCCGUAUGGUAGCUCAGCGCAGACUCGAGAAGAACAAGAUCUACUGCACGAGUCCACGAACGAUCAACGUGUCCGGAUCUAUCGAUUGCAUCUGCUUCGAUAAAACCGGAACGUUGACCGAGGAUGGCCUCGACAUGUGGGGUGUGGUUUCCGCUGUUGACAAGAAAUUCCAGCUGCCUACCAAAGAUAUCUCGUCUCUGCCGUUCACCGAUCUCCUGAUCGGUAUGGUCACCUGUCACGGGAUCACUUUGAUAGAGAAUCAACCGGUCGGUGAUCCACUUGAUCUGAAAAUGUUCGAGUCCACGGGCUGGACACUGGAGGAGCCCGAUGUAUCGGACACGUCCAAGUUCUCCAUGCUGUUUCCCACGAUAGUUCGACCACCGAAAGGUUCCAAGCUGCUGAAGAAGCUUCCCAACGACCUCAGAAUCUCGCUCAGCCGGCAAAACUCGAUGUCUUCCGACGUGAUGGAUAACAUUUCUUCGAAUAACCUCGACGCCACGUUGGCUGGUUCCACGGCGGAUUUGGGGGAGCAAGGUUUAGAGAUUGGAAUUGUUAGGCAGUUUCCGUUCACGUCUACUCUGCAGAGGAUGAGCGUGAUCACGAGGACCUUGGGGGCUAAUCAUUACGAUCUUUAUUGCAAAGGGAGUCCAGAGAUGAUCCUGAGCCUCUCCAGAGCAGAGUCCAUUCCAUCGGACUUUAGCAACGUGUUGCAGUACUACACCUCAGAGGGCUAUCGCGUAAUCGCUCUAGCACACAAAAUUCUGAAUCGUCUUCCCUACGCCAAGGUCCAGAGAUUGAGCCGCGAGGCAGCCGAGUCCGAUUUAACGUUCUUGGCGUUCGUGAUCAUGGAGAAUAGAUUGAAACCGGAGACAAGCCCUGUCAUUAAGGCUUUAAACACUGCCUGCAUCAAGACUGUCAUGGUAACCGGCGACAACAUGCUGACAGCACUCUCGGUUGCCAGAGACUGCGUCAUAAUCAAACCAGGUACACCAGUGAUCGCUGUAUCUGCGACACAGCAGAACCAAAUGAAGCCUCAGAUCUAUUUCACCAAGAGCAACAGUCAACCGUCGAAUGGACACGGUGAUCUCAGCGAGAUGACCGACUUGAACAGCGUAGCUAGCUUAGAAACAAUCGAGAGUGGCUCUUUCGGGAAUAAUCAGUUCGAGAACGAUGACAAUUACCUGUCAGACGAUCUACAUCAUUCGAAGAACAAAUACGUGUUUGCACUCACGGGAAAAACGUGGGCUCUGGUCAAACAGUAUUACCCUGAGUUGAUCUCCAAAUUCGUCACCCGUGGAGCAAUCUUCGCGAGGAUGUCGCCCGACCAGAAGCAACAGCUCGUUCAGGAAUUGCAAUCGUUGGGAUACUAUGUUGCUAUGGUAGGCGACGGAGCAAACGAUUGCGGAGCCCUGAAAGCCGCCCACACCGGGAUCUCCCUGUCAGACACCGAAUCGUCUGUAGCAUCGCCGUUCACCAGCCGCGAGACGAACAUUUCCUGCGUUCUAACCGUGAUCCGAGAAGGUCGUGCAGCAUUGGUCACCUCCUUCGGGAUCUUCAAGUACAUGGCCAGUUAUUCGCUCACGCAGUUCAUCUCCGUGAUGUUGUUGUACGGUAUCGAGUCUAACCUCACGGACAUCGAGUUCCUCUACAUCGAUCUCUUCAUCAUCUCGAUCUUCGCUCUGUUCUUCGGUCGUACCGAGGCGUACGACGGUCCAUUGGUGAAAACUGCACCGCUGAACAGUCUCAUCAGCACCACGCCGGUUCUCAGCUUGGUCACGCAAAUUCUAAUCGUCGCCGUGUUCCAAUACACCAGCCUCUGGCACCUCAGACAAAUGGAUUGGUUCGUACCAUUCAACGCCACGACCGUCGUUGCCGAGAACAAGGACGACGUGAGCUGCACGGAGAAUUACACGAUCUUCAUCAUCAGCUCUAUGCAAUACAUCAUUCUGGCUGUGACGUUCUCCAAGGGACACCCUUAUCGAAAGUCCCUGUUCACGAAUUACGGCCUGCUCGUCGCUGCUAUCGCUCUCACACUCUUCUCCGUUUACCUCGCGACUUUCCCUUUCGAAUGGCUGGCCACCUGGUUCGAGCUGGUGCUUCCAGAAGGCGUCAGCUUCCGGUUCAUCCUGGUCGGAUACGGCGUGGCCAAUUUCGUGAUCUCGUUGCUGAUGGAGUACAUCUUCGUCGACUACCUCGUAUUCAGCAAACUUCGCUACCGCUGGCACAACAUUGACAAAUCCAGGCGAAAGUUCCUCGCGAUCGAACGCGACAUGGCGCGUGACUUAAAAUGGCCGGCGAUCUCGAAGGAACCGCUGCCGGAAGCUGCCCCAGACAUCUUGAUCCGUCAGAACGUCACCGAGAUCAAGAUUGAGAAACGCAUACCUGAGCCAUGCCACCCUGUAGACACAAGUUUCAUGAACAGCCCGGUCUGCGCGAACUUCAAGCACUUCGGCUCGGCCAGAGAGGUCACUCUGAACCCUAGAUCCUUGUUCAACGAUCGUCGUAGCACCAUGUCGAUGCAGACGGUUCCCUAUUUCGAGGACAGAGAUUUCGUGGCGAGACAGCCGAACAUAGAGCUGGCGGCGAAGAGAAGGUACAACUCGGAGUCCGAGAAGGGGAUCAAUCGGUACGACAAGCUGUUCAAGAGUUGCAGCACCAAUCCGAUAGCAACUCUGCCUAGAAACACCGCUACCACCCUUCAGCCGCAGAAAUUGAAGGACUUCAAGAACGUUUUGAUGCAUAAGAGCGAAGACGGUCUAUCUCCCACUGCACAAAGUGUCCUUGAACUCGACAUACUACCGUCGUAGAACAUUCAUCCUCGUGGGAUUCUGAUCGACCGGAAGACGUUGCCUCGAAUAACGGACAGUGACAGAGUCGUUUUUAGGAACAACGUACUGUUCGCUGUUCGACGUGUCGUCUGAUUUGAAAACCAUGUAGACGUGAAUACCACGACAGUAGAGCACCGUUAAUCUGCCAGAGCAUUUGUUGUCCCAUGACAAAUAUGCCAAGACUGUUCAGCUGUUUAAACCAGAAGCCACACCGAGGAACGUCUGGGGAUUGGAGAUGAUCAGAAUCGUGGAGAGACGGUGGGAUUGUUGAACGAGGAACGACGUGGCCGACACGAUCUCUAUCCGAAACAAAUCGUUCACAGAGUGCAUUUAGAAUGCCACGGCGUUCACGACAGCUCGGUAGAAUUAUAAAACCGGCGACAAUUUCUUUUUUUUUUUUCUUCUCAGGAGGGACGUCGUGCGGUGGUUUGAACCGGAAGGGUCCCUUUUGACCCGGUCUUUCUUGGUCCUCCUCCUUCUUCUACUCUAGUAUUCGAGCAUACCACUUUCUCGAGAAAGUAUUAUCGUUAGUUUAUUUAUCUUAGGCAAAAUGAAUUUUAACUCGCCCUGCCGCCAGGGAGGAAGGUUCUUCUCGCAGAAGACGACACCCUUGACGCAGGCCGGUCGAAGUAGAUAGGUAGACGCAUUAUACAUAUAUAUUUUUUUGUCCCCUACCCACCUGCUCCCUCUUCCUAUUUUCAAACUCCCUCUCGCGCUACGGACCCGUCUUUUUUCACUGCGAUUUCAAAAAGGUAUAGUUAAGAUGGAAGAAGGAUAUAUUAUAUAUACAUAUAUAUGUUCCACGUGACAGGGAUAGUCAUGUGGACGCGAAUCGAAAUGAAUUUUCUAAACUAGGAGACACAUAGGAAAUUGAGAAAUAUUCCCGUUUUCACGACGAGUAUUUGUUUCCUGUUUUAAUUAUUCAUGGUAUCUCUAGUCGGAUUUUCGUCGAUCGUAACGGUCGACGACAAGUUGCUCUCCAAAAAAAAAAAAAAAAGAAAAAAGAAAACAACGUCGCGGACGAUCGUAGGCGACGUUCGUUGGCGACGAUAAUGACGACGAUGAUAAAUACGAUUUCGU